GUUCCGGAGUAUCCAGUAGUUCCGAAGGAGCAAGUUCCAAAGUUUCCAGCCAUCCCGGGUUUACUUCCCGGUGGCAUGAUACCGAGGCCUGGCGUGGGAGGCUUUCCAUUCCCAGCAGGACGGGGUUUUCCAUUCCCAGGAGGACGACCAUUUCCAUUUCCCGGUGGUGCUACUUCUGCGGAGAUGGGAAUUGCUGUGUUGCGGCCUGGCUUCUACAAGGAGAAGUGCCCCGCUGCCGAGUCUAUCGUGAAGGAAGUCUUGCAGCAGGCCGUGGAAAAGGAUUCCAGAACUGCUGCAAACAUUCUCAGGCUUCAGUUUCACGAUUGUUUCGUUCUGGGAUGUGAUGCUUCCAUACUUCUGGACGAUACGCAUACUUUCAAAGGAGAAAAGACCGCCAAUCCCAACAGGAACUCGGCUCGUGGCUUCGAAGUCAUUGACGAGAUCAAGGCAGCUCUGGAGAAGGAAUGCGAGGGUGUUGUUUCUUGUGCCGACGUUCUCGCCAUUGCUGCACGGGACUCGGUCGUCCUGACUGGAGGCCCGUCGUGGGAAGUUCAUCUUGGUCGUCGAGACAGCCUGACUGCGAGCCGCAGCCUGGCCAACAGAGACAUCCCGCCUCCCAACUCGACGCUUCCGCAGCUCAUCGCCGCAUUUGCCAAGAAGGGCCUGUCCAUCGUGGACUUGGUGGCACUGACGGGCUCUCACACCAUUGGCGUGUCACGCUGCGCCAGCUUCCGGCAGCGCCUCUACAACUUUGCGGGAACUCGUCGGCCAGAUCCGAGCAUCGACCCGGCGCUCCUCCGCAGCCUCGAGCACAUUUGUCCUCCCAAAGGCAACGCGCAGGAGACGACGCCUCUGGACAUCGUCACUCCCACCAAGUUUGACAAUCACUUCUUCGUCGAUCUGGAGCUUCACAAGGGUGUUCUUACGUCGGACCAGGUGCUGUUUGCGCCGUAUGCUCCCACCAGCGCACUGGUUACGGCAUUUGCCUACGACCAGGCAAAGUUCUUCCAGGAGUUUGUAGCGUCCAUGGUGAGGAUGGCUGCCAUCAAGCCGCUGCUGGGAUCGGAGGGCCAGAUCAGGAAGGAGUGCCGGUUCGUCAAUCACAAGUACUGAAGCAGGGUCUUAGUUGCUGUAGCGUUUUUAGCCUUUGAUUCAUUCAUUCUUCCAAGUAAGUACUAAGAUUUUGUGAAGUGAAUCCUUUUAGAUUAAAAGAAGAAAAAAAGUAGAAUGCAUUUUC